CACGGCCGGUGUUACCUACUUGUCUAAUUUUUGAUGCUCUGUUUUUGGAAGUCGUUCAGAAGAGAAGAAUAAAGAAGUUUGCAGACACACAGAGGAGUGAAGUUGGAGAUUGGAUUUAAAUUCUGGUUGUUCUAGCUCUUGUGCUACAUUGCUUCUUGCAACUAUGGAGCGUUAUGAGAUUGUGAAAGAUAUUGGGUCUGGGAAUUUUGGGGUAGCCAAGCUGGUUAGAGAUAGAUGGACUAAAGAGCUAUUUGCUGUUAAGUUUAUUGAGAGAGGCUUGAAAAUUGAUGAACACGUGCAAAGGGAAAUCAUGAACCACAGAUCAUUGAAGCAUCUCAAUAUAGUUAGAUUCAAAGAGGUCUUGUUAACACCUACUCAUCUGGCCAUAGUCAUGGAGUAUGCUGCAGGAGGCGAACUUUUUGAGAGGAUAUGUAACACUGGUAGAUUUAGCGAAGAUGAGGCAAGGUUUUUCUUCCAGCAAUUGAUAUCAGGAGUUAGUUACUGCCAUUCAAUGCAAAUUUGUCAUAGAGAUCUUAAGCUUGAAAAUACACUCCUAGAUGGCAGCAUAGCACCGCGAGUGAAGAUAUGUGACUUUGGGUAUUCAAAGUCUGCUGUGUUUCAUUCUCAACCAAAGUCUACGGUAGGAACACCAGCUUAUAUUGCACCUGAGGUUCUGUCUAAAAAGGAAUAUGAUGGAAAGAUUGCAGAUGUCUGGUCUUGCGGAGUUACCCUGUAUGUGAUGCUAGUUGGGGCAUAUCCCUAUGAAGAUCCUGAUGAUCCCAAAAACUUAAGAAAAACUAUUGGGAGAAUACUGAGUGUCCGCUACACAAUUCCAGAUUAUGUUCGAGUUUCUAUGGAGUGCAGGCACCUAUUGUCUCGAAUAUUUGUGGCAAAUCCUGAAAAGAGAAUAACCAUUCCAGAAAUUAAAAAUCAUCCUUGGUUCUUAAAGAACUUGCCAAUCGAGCUGAUGGAAGGAGGCAGCUGGCAAAACAAUGAUGUGAAUAACCCGUCACAGAGCAUUGAAGAAGUUCUGUCUAUAAUACAAGAGGCAAGAAAACCUGUCGAGCUGCCAAAGACUGAAGGCAAUAUUCUUGGAGGGAGCAUGGAUCUUGAUGACGUAGAUGCUGAUGUUGAUUGUGAAGAUAUCGAGACAAGUGGAGAAUUCGUGUGCCCUUUAUGAGCCAAGUGAAUAAACAAAACACACUUUCUUGAGGCACUGAUCCAUGAUUAUGAGCAUCAGAUUUCUGUUAAUGGAUGAUUUCCCUCGUGUAAUCCUUGUUUCGCCGCAUGGCAUGGCAAUUCCCUUUUGUAAAGAGAAUUGGUCAUUAUUGGAGGCACUAUGAGUAUGUGAGAACAUUUUUUAUUCCUGUAAAAAGUAGGAGAGGUUGGGAGGGUUGGAUUGGAAUAGUAGUUCUUCGACCUACCAAAUCGUUAUAAAAUAAGCCAAUUAAAGUGUCACACGUUAA